CAGAAGCAGCGUCUCUACCUCUGCGGAUCCUGACAGCGCUGCUCCGUUUCGUUUGCUCCGUUUCGGUCCUUGUGCCGACAUAAAGCGAGAGUAUCCCUGUGUUACCACACCUCCUUUCCUCCUGCAGCCACACAGCUGUACCUGUCAGCUUGUCUCCUGCAACAUGCAGAAAAGAAGGAAGCCGGAGCCGAUCCAACUCAACCCGAUUCCUGAUGGAAACACACUAAACGGAACGGGAGCCUCAGAGACAAACCUGGAGGCGCUGCAGAAGAAGCUAGAAGAGCUUGAGUUGGAUGAGCAGCAGCGAAAACGCUUGGAGGCCUUUCUGACACAGAAGCAGAAGGUGGGAGAGCUGAAGGACGACGACUUCGAGAAGAUCUGUGAGCUUGGUGCAGGCAACGGAGGCGUUGUCUUUAAGCUGAUCCACCUGGAGAUCAAGCCAGCCAUCAGGAACCAGAUCAUUCGGGAGCUGCAGGUGCUGCACGAGUGUAACUCCCCAUAUAUUGUAGGCUUUUACGGGGCUUUUUACAGCGAUGGAGAAAUCAGCAUCUGCAUGGAGCAUAUGGAUGGCGGCUCCCUGGACCAGUCACUGAAGAAAGCUGGCAAGAUCCCAGAGCAGAUACUUGGCAAAGUCAGCAUCGCUGUCAUUAAAGGGCUUUCCUACCUCCGGGAGAAGCACAAGAUCAUGCACAGAGACGUGAAACCCUCCAACAUCCUGGUGAACUCCCGCGGCGAGAUCAAGCUGUGUGACUUCGGAGUGAGUGGACAGCUCAUAGACUCGAUGGCCAACUCCUUCGUGGGCACUCGGUCGUACAUGUCCCCAGAGCGUCUGCAGGGCACCCACUACUCCGUCCAGUCAGACAUAUGGAGCAUGGGUCUGUCUCUAGUUGAGAUGGCCAUUGGCCGCUUCCCCAUCCCUCCACCUGACUCUAAAGAGCUUGAGCAGAUUUUUGGAUUCCCGGUGGAAGGGGACGGAGCACCCACCGAGUCCCCCAGACCACGGCCCCCUGGGUGUCCCGUCAGCUUGUACGGCCCAGACAGCAGACCUCCCAUGGCUAUAUUUGAGCUGCUUGACUACAUCGUCAAUGAGCCUCCACCAAAACUACCUGCGAUAUUUAGCUCUGAAUUCCAAGAAUUUGUCCACAAAUGUUUGAUAAAGACUCCUGCGGAGAGAGCAGACCUGAAGCAGCUGAUGGUGCACCCUUUUAUCAGACAGUCCGAGGCCGAGGAGGUGGACUUUGCAGGCUGGUUGUGCAGCACUAUUGGACUGAGUCAGCCUGCAACACCCACCCACACUGCUGCCAUGUGAGGACGACUCCAGCAACAGCCAAGCCCAUCAGAGGCUCCUCAAACGGUCUUUUUGUUUUUUUAAACAUUUAAAAUAAAGUUUAUAUAUAAACAACUAGUGACAGUUGCAUAUAGUUUUGUUUAGAGUACAAAUUUGCAUUCCAACUUGUGUACAGCAACAUGGUCUGAACUGUUAAAGCUAUUUUGCUUGCCUGAAGAAUUAUUUUUUAAUCUUUAUGAAAACUGCUAAACUUCUGCGCUUUAAAUGACUGUUUACACCCCUUUGCCAACACCGUCAAUUGUUUUAUCUUUGUUAGCUUAUGACAAAAGUCUUGUGAAUUAAAGGUUUGAAUGACACACUGACUCAUGUAUUUGAAACAACUUUUAUUCAGGGAACUUGAGUCGGUUUGCGUAUUUAUGCAGCAUCUUGGCCUUGAUACUUUGCUACUUACAGUGGGAU